AUGAACCGAAUUUUGGCUGUCCCCACCCGAGUCCUCUCCCGACGAACCCUCGUCUCUUCCCUCGAGACUGGCGGUCAUGCUCACGCCCGAAAGCCAGUGGCGCUCUUCUCCGCUCACCCCGCCUACUUCCGACCACUCGGUUUGGUUCUUAUGGCCACGGCUUACAUCCCAGCCAUCUACUUUUACUACGACAUCACCUUCAACCAGCGAAAGGCAGAGACCUCCAUCCUCGUCGGCCUUUUCGGAGAGGAGGGAUUCCUCCGAGACUUGAACCUCUGCGUCGUCUUUACCCUCACCGGCAUGGUCACCUUCUGGGCCGGCCGAGUGUUGUUCUUCCACAACCUCAACAUCUGGUCCGCCUAA